AUGGAUUUCUACCUUCGAUGCAAUUCCCUCAAGUGUCGAGCCCAGCUGAAAGAGAGAGCAGUCGUCACGACCUGCUCACACAUCUUCUGUCUCCAAUGUGCCAGCAAUCUAGGACUUUCACAUCAAACUUCAGUCGACCGUCGCUGCCCAGCGUGCCAAACCAUCCUCGUCAAUCCAGACGAUGCGGUCGCCACCAUCCUCAACCCAUCCGAAGACUACAAGACGAGCGUGCUAAGCGGACUGGACCCGAACACGAUCAUGGAAUGCGCCGGCCGGGCCCUGCUGUUCUGGACGUACCAGACCACCCAGGAAAUCUUCUACCAAGAAUUCCUCGGAAAGGCCCUCACCGAGAAAUACGCCAAUCUCAACAGCCAGAUGGACAAGGUCAUCCACAACGCCAACUCGGAGAUCUCCGCCUUACAAGCACGAAUAUCAGAUAUGCAAACCACGCAGGAUCAACUCCGCAAAAAGAACCAAGAGCUCGUCGACCUGUACGGCGAGAAAUGCACCCGCUUCACGCAGAUCACCAACCUGUACAACCUGCUGAAAUCGCGCGCCAUGAAGUCGCAGAUGCAGACCGCGGCGACCGACUCGGUCCAUCAGACGUUGAACUCGCUCGCCCCUUCUCACCAGAAUAACGUGCCGCCUCCGUCGUCGUUUGCUGCUACAGCUUCUGGUGCUGCAGCAGGUGCAGCAGCAGCAGGUGCAGCGGGUCUCCCAAUGCACAUGCACACGCACACGGCACUGGGAUCCUCCGUGCCCCCGCAGACACCGUUGCAUCGGUACCCGGUCGACCGCGAAGGCGUGGAGCAGCUGCAUCGCCACCAGCGCAGCGGAACGGGGAGCUCGAAGGGGGCAGCGACGCAGAAGCAGAAGCAGAAACAGACAGUGGAUGCGGUGGCUAUGCCUCCUCCGCCGCGGCAGGGGCGGUUACUCGGGGAUCCGAGACAUCGUACGAUCCAGCACCGAGCCCGGCUAGUUGGAGGAAGUGGAAGUGGAGGCGGCGGUGGAGCAGGUGGUGGCUCCAGCACGCGCCCAACGACCGGAUCCUCGACGCUCCCGCAUGACAGCGUGCUGCUCGCUCGAUUCGGAGCCGACAGCGGACCGAAUAAUCCUUUUUUGGUCGGUGCGGAAUCGAUAUCCAGGGGCGACGGCGGACAUCGGCGCCAUGCCGACUAUCCUGGGGAGCCUCCGGGCGUGAGGUCCUAUUUUGACAGUACGGGGCUGUAGCCAUACGCAUGCAUUACAGGGACCUCUUCUCGGAGAGUCGAUAUCUAUGAAGGAAUGUGGAUGUGGGGGGUGGAAACAAGGUUUGGUGUGGUGUGACCGCAUCUUCCUGGUUUGUCUGUUGCUUCUUGC